UCUGUUUUCCAGACUCGCCCCUCCUACUAUCGAAAUUUAGGCGACGUUUAGCCUACAUAUAGUCGCAGUUUCCCGAGUGAACUGCAUUUUCAUACCACAGGGUUUAGCUAGAAGCUCGAUAAUCAUGUUUGUAAAGGUUGUAGCUCCACUCUUGGCAGUCUUCUUGGCCGUGGCGAGCGCUGACCUUGUCGGAGCCCCGGUGGAUGCAGACAUGAACAGCCCGGAAGUCCAGGAUGCCCUGCGGUUUGCAGUCGCUCAGUAUAAUGCAGAGAGUGACUGCAUAUACACCAGCCAGGUUGUUAAGGUGAUCAAGACCCAGACGCAGGUUGUUGCUGGUUUGAAGUACAUCUUCACCGUUGAGAUGGCCAAGACUUCCUGUAAAAAAGCAGAAGUUGAAAACACGUGUGCCGUCAGUUCAGACCCAGCAAUUGCACAACCCCAUGAAUGCAAACUUGCUGUGUGGAGUCAGCCUUGGAAGAACAGCUUGAAACUAAUCGAGAAUACCUGCUAAGAGAGAUCACUUACAGUCAAAACUGAUGAGUUCUUUUAAGAGGUCAAAAAUAUUUUAAUAUGUGCCUUAUUCAUCAGGCUGUAUUUGGAGAUAUAUAUGUAUAUGUAUGUUUUACUUAUUUUACUUAUUUAACAUAUUCUAUCAACUAACACCAAAUAACCUAGGCUCUGAGAUUAGAAAAGGUUGUUUCUAGGGGGAAAAAUUGUAACAGAUCUUAAAAAAAUAUUAAAGUGUAUGUGCUAUUAGGUUAUAUCAUUUAUUAUAUUGAAUAUAAUAAAAGGUCUUUAUGAAUGCC